ACACACACACACACACACACGCACACACACACACACAGAGCGAGCUCUUGGUGCCACAGCUCCCUCUAGCGGAUGCUCUGUGCAACAUUUUCCAGCGGUUCCACUCGCCUGGAAAACAAUCAAAGUGUUGUACAGUGUAGCGGACGACGGCGCAGAAAGCACACAUGUACGCAGUGUCAGUGUGUGUAGUGCGUGUGUAUGUGUGUGAGUGAGUGAGUGUGUGUGUGUGUGUGUGUUAGUACACGCCAGCACACGUCGACCCAACACCUUUGCUGCUGCGUGGAUCUGGAAUAUUCAUCAUCCUCCUCUUCAUCCUCAUCUGGGAGGCUGAUUUACUGUUUCCUGCGCACAAUGUGGGGAAAAAGGAAUACUUGGGGAGUGACGACAACUUUCCUGCCUAUCCGAGGCGUAUAAACGAGCAGCGGCAGAAGCAAGAUUCAAACGGAGAAGCGGCGACUGGUGAGCCAACCGGCCGCUCGCGGUGCUCUGCAGCCCGGGGAAGGGAGCGAUGUCGCCCGCGGAGGAGCGUCGCUCGCCGGGGAUCGGCUCCACAGAUGCUGCGGCUCGGUCGGGCUGUUCGCGGUGCCUUUGGGCGCCACUGACGGGACCAGACACUGACUGGGGCUGACUGUUUGUGCAAAAACGACACGAGGAGGAUAUUAACUUUUGCAGACGAGUGGAGAUAUUUUUUUGUGCUCUAUGAGAAGUGACACAUACAUGCCCUGUAUUUAAGAACAUGUUUUUUCAGCAUUAAUGUGCAAACAUAUGGAAAGUGCACAAGUUUUUUUUGACAAGAGGACUCAUUUCCUGGACUUUUCACAAUGGGACAUUACAUAGUUUAUUGAAAUCUUGAACACCAUCAUGGCAGUGAACUGGACUCUAUUUGCUCUCUUUUUACUUCCACUCUGGAUGGUGGCGGCAGCUUUUUCGGGGCUGCUUAACGCCACAGACAAUGACUUUUUUCAGGAUGACUUGCUGCAGGUCAAGCCGGCCCCCGACAGAGUGGCCAAGCAUACAGCGUCUGCCCAUCCCAACCUGUAUUUUGGCCAAGGGGACGUGUCGCUCAUGAGGCAGAGGUCCUCCACCACCCACAGCCACAUAUUUAAAGUCAUCCGUGCGGCUGCCUUCACCAUGUUGUCCAACGCUCCCUAUUACAGUCCGCCCGCCAAACACGAGGUGUUUAAAAGCAAGUGGAAUGAGAUUUAUGGGAACAACCUACCUCCCCUGGCUCUGUACUGCCUCCUGGUACCAGAGGACUCUGCUGCCCUGCAGUUCCUCAUCAAGUUCAUGGACAGGAUGGCGGAAUACCCAGACUGGAAGGUGACCCCUGCACCCAACGAUGAGGUUCCUGUGGCGCACUCUCUCACAGGGUUUGCCACGGCCUAUGACUUUGUUUAUGCCUACUUGGACAAUACACGGAAGGAUGUUUACCUCAAGAAAAUCCGCUCUGUGACAGAGGAGAUGUUUGAGCUCUCCAAGUACCGGGGGUGGGGCAAACAGUACCUCCACAAUCAUCAGACCACCAACAUACUGGCCAUCCUAAUUGGAGCCAUAGUGGUGGGUUCACAUGACGACCAGGAGUCUAUGAUGUGGAAACAAGUGGCUGUGAACUACAUGGAGAAAACCAUGUUUCUGCUAAAUCACAUUGUCGAUGGCACGUUGGACGAGGGGGUCGCCUACGGGAGCUACACAGCCAAGUCCAUCACGCAAUACAUCUUCUUGGCACAGCGGCACUUCAGCAUCGACAGCACACAGAACAACUGGCUGCAAAAACACUUUUGGUUCUACUACUCCACCGUCUUGCCCGGCUUUCAAAGGACGGUGGGCGUCGCCGACUCCAACUACAACUGGUUCUACGGGCCCGAGAGCCAGCUGGUGUUCCUGGACGCCUUCGUCAUGAGGAACGGCACGGGCAACUGGCUGGCUCAGCAGAUUCGGAAGCACCGACCCAAGGACGGCCCCAUGGGGCAGUCGUCGUCUCAGCGCUGGGUCACACUCCACACAGAGUACAUCUGGUACGACGCCCGCCUCAUCCCGCAACCUCCACAAGACUUUGGCAAAGCCAGGAUGCAUAUUUUCUCCAACUGGGGCGUUGUUACCUACGGAGCCGGGCUGCCGAGCGGUCAAGGUAACACUUUUGUGUCCUUUAAGUCUGGCAAGCUGGGUGGCCGUGCAGUCUACGACAUGGUCCACGAGAAGCCGUACACCUGGUUGGACGGCUGGAAUAGUUUUAACCCAGGUCAUGAGCACCCAGACCAGAAUUCUUUCACAUUCGCCCCCAACGGACAAGUGUUUGUAGCAGAGGCACUUUACGGGCCAAAGUUGACCUAUCUUAACAAUGUGCUGGUGUUUAGUCCUUCUCCUACCAGUCAAUGUAACGCGCCGUGGGAAGGCCAGAUGGGGGAGUGUGGCAAAUGGCUGCACUGGAAUGAUAAAGGAGUGGGCGACACCAGGGGGGAAGUGAUCACGGCGGCGGCACAUGGGGACACCAUGUUUGUGAGCGGGGAAGCGGCACUGGCGUACUCGUCCGCCAUGAGACUGAAGAGCGUGUACAGAGCUCUGGUUCUGCUCAACACCCAAACGCUGGUGGUGCUCGACCACGUGGAAAAGGAGGCUGAUUCGCCCUUGAAGUCGCUCAGCGCUUUUUUCCAUAACCUCGAUAUUGACUUUAAAUAUGUCCCUUUCCGCUUCAUGGACAGGUACAAUGGUGCAAUGAUGGACGUGUGGGACGCCCACUAUAAAAUGUUUUGGUUUGACAGCCAGGGCCGCAGUCCAGAUACUCGCAUACAGGAGGCAGAACAGUCGGCAGAGUUUAAGAAAAGAUGGACUCAGUAUGUUAAUGUGACGUUCCCAAUGACAGGCACUGUUAGCAGAGCAGCGUAUGUCUUUCAUGGACCAUAUGUCAAAGUCUCCAACUGUAAAUUUAUAGAUGCCAGCAAGAAUGGCGUGACACUCUCUUUAACUAUCAAUAACACAGAGCGGCUAGUGUCCAUAGCGACAAAUUACAAAGAUAUUGGUGCGAGGUUGGAUUAUUUAGGGUACGGCGGUCACGGUAAGAUAGAGGAUCGAUAUCAAAUCACUCGAUUCGGCCUCGGCACGCAAGUGCUGCCCAAGCAAACCAGCAAUGGCAAUCAGUUUUUUGACUUUGUCUUCACACUCAAUGUGAUGGCAGGUUUACUCCUCUGCGUGGCCGCCGCCUUCCUCGCCGUGCAGAGAAAGUUUUACGACAUCUGCUUCAGGCUGCGCCGGCUGAUGCGUUACGCCCUCCUCACUGUGCUCAUCCUGUGGCUCGUCGAGCUGCUCUUUGUGUCCAACAGCUGCGAUCAGCUCCUCUGUGGGGUGAAAUGGAAAGGCAGGGGCGGCCAGAGUGAAGUCAACCAACAAGUCAGACUGCACGACCAGCGCCAGCUCCCCCUCCCCACCAUCCUCAUCACAACCCUGCCCGGCUCGGGGUCGGACAUACUCAAGCACCUUUUCUACAACAGCACAGACUUUGUUUACAUCAGGGUUCCCACUGAGCACGUCGACAUUCCGGAGACGGAGUUUGACUUUGAUUCCUUUGUGGAUGCCUGUGAGUGGUCGCGUGCGGAGGCCGAGCAAGGACGCUUUAAGAUGAUCCAAGGCUGGCUGCAUUCGCUGGCCCGCAACACCAAGCUCCACCUGCAGAACAUUCAGCUGGCAGAGGGUGGCUCGGCCAGCCUGCCCCAGCAAGGCGCCUCUCUCCAGAACAAAAAGAAAAGUACAAGGCGGAGGGAGUCUGUGCGAGCCAGCCUCGACAGAGAUGCGGAGUACAUCAGGGCGAUGAGACACCACCUGGCUGAGUACCCAAACAGCCGCGUUGUCCUUAACAUGCGCAGUGGGAGCUGGGCGCUGAAACUGCCUUUUAUUCGGGAGGUUGUGGGACCUUCCAUGAAGACCAUCUAUGUGCUGAGGGACCCUCGAGCGUGGAUUUAUCUCAUGUUGUACAAGAGCCAACCCAGCUUGUACUCCCUGAAGAACAUCCCUCAGCACCUUUCCUUGAUAUUCAAGAAGGAUGCCGUCAGGGAUGGCUGCCCGAGCGUGGCGCCAGAAUUUAACACCCUCAGGAAUCUGCUGGCUCAUUCCGAGAGCGACCCGGUGGUGAUACUGGCUCACCUGUGGCUGGCUCACACCGGCGCUGUGCUUAGGAUCAGCCAGAGCCUCCCCGAGGACUCCUAUCUCCAAGUGCGCUUUGAGGACAUGGUCAAUUUCCCCCGGGAGACGGCGGAGGGCAUCCACGCCUUCCUGGGGGUGCCGUUGUCGCCCGCCGCGCUCAACCAGCUGCAGUUCACCACCUCCACCAACUUGUACAACCUCCUCUACGAGGGGGACAUUUCCCCGGCCAACAUCGACAUGUGGCGGCACAAAAUGCAGCAGAGAGACGUGAAGCUGGUGGAGGACAUAUGCGGGGGCGUGAUGAAGAGGCUGGGUUACGCCCGGUUGCCAGCUAACUGAUUUGCACUGAUUUGAAACUUGACAUGUUGCAAUUUGGGUGGAACUGGGUGGGGGGCUCCUGUGUCUUAAUGGGAUGUAUGCUGUGCAGCAACAGGUGUUUACGUCAAGGUUCCAUUUUAUAUUAAAAUGGACGUGCGGGCGCUUACUGGGGCAAUUCUGUCUUAAAUGUGUGUCAAAUUAUUGUUCCUGUGAGUCUUAAGAGACCAUUUUUUUUAGUCCUUAAUCUGUGAUGUCACGUGUAAAGAUCAUGUUUGAGCACUGCUGAGGGAUGUACUGUGUAUGAUGGAGAUAACAAAUAUUUAUUGACUAUUUUUGUUUUAUUUUGACGAGGGCCGUCAUGCUGCUUCCCUUUAAAAACGUGCGCAGAGAAAAAUACGCUUUAGUGCUACAUGAAUUGUAUUUAGGGGUUUUAUUUGAAGUCUAAAUGCACUUUUGACUCCAUUUGGGACGUAGGCUAAUCAUGUACGUACGUCACCAUCAUGUCAGAGGACAUACACACCUCCUAAAAGAAAGAAGUGUGAAGUAUUCCUGGCUUCCAAAGACACACAUCCCAAAGGAGCGGGCAUGAUUAUGAUUAUUCAGACUCCCUUUGGCAUUUAUUGAAUUAGAUCAGAGGGAAGUGCUUAACGGGGAUCAAACUGGAAAGAAAAGGAGAGGCGCUGUUAGCUGUGACACAUUUCCAGUCAAAGCAAUUUUCCAAAGCAUCCCCCCUCAGCGGCUCGCAUUAAUCUGCAAAAUGUCACAAAUGAGGCGUUUGGCUGCUGAGGCGUGGAGGAAACGCAAACAGUUUCCAUUUCCUGCCUCGCUCAAUCAGACUUCUAAUGAUCUAUUUUUUUUCCUAAUAUUCUAGAGAAGGGAGGUGUGUUUUUAUCGUGUGUAUUUGUGCGACUUUUCAAGUCCAUCCACAGCGCCUCGCUUUGUGUUUGUGCCGCUUGUUGACUUUUUCUGGGACAUCUCCUCUUGCUUCUGUGGCCUUGAAUGAUCACAACGGUUGUCCUGCACGGUACUGAGAUGAUGUAGUGGGAAAUAAAUUCAUCAAUAUGUGAGCCAACCCUCUGCUUGGUUUGUGCAUCGCUUUUCAUUAGCUUGCAUGCGUUUCGCUGUUAUACUCAUUAGCACGGGCCACCUGCACAGCCUAAUGAGGUCCAAAACUGCUGGUGUUUCUAAUAUUUAGCCUUGAGAGGGUGGAAGUGUUGCAAAUGCCUCAAUAAAGUGGACAUUAUUAUCUUUAUCUCUGAAAAUUUUGAGUUGGAUGUCAUUAGAUACCUAAUGUUUUGUACAGUAACUGUGUUUUGGGCCUGUUAUGGCAGACAUUAAUGCUCACAUGCAGGUUUGCUACGCUUGUCGUGCUACUUUAAGGCGAAAAGUGGUGCCCCAAGUGGUGGUGUAAAAAAAAAAAAAGCCAAUAAAUAAUAACAAUAGGACAGAAUAUAGCACACAAUAACUCUAGAUACAGUAUAAGCAACAUUUACACUCUGCAAUAACUAUUAAUUGGGCAUUGUUUAACAUUUGAAUGAAUGUGAGCUUUUCCAUUUGAAGUGUUCAUAGUAGUAACUAGUUAUGAUAGAAUCAUAAUGAAGGUUCAUUUUUUUCUCCAAUUUUGUAGCGCCCCCUGGAGGCUACGGCGCCCUUAUGGGCCAGCCGGCUAUGAGGCAGAACCAUACAAUUUCUUCAAAAAGAACAAAUCCUAAUGUAUCAUUAUAAUGAUGAAUACAUUUGUAGAAAUAUGGAAAGCACCCUGGAAGCAAAAAAAAAAAAAUCAUGUAAUGUGAAAAAAUUUUAAAACAACACAAAAAACAGUUUCUUCUUUGUCGCUCCUGCGUAAACUCUUGCUGGAAACGCCUCAGGUGAAUAUUUCCUCUGACGAAUCUCGACUUGUUCUAGACUUUUUUUUUUAAUCGUGUCAUGUGGCCGCACCCUACCUUCCUCACAUUCUGUACGCUCUAUAACUUUGAAUAUUAGGUGCACCCGCACAACCCAAUGAUCAGCUUGCAACUAUUCAUCGAACAAUAUUUGUAUUAUUGUGUGUCGGCUCUGAUGUGCUUGUCCUGGUGUGGACACUUUGGUAUUAGUUAUUCAUUUACGAAGGCUGGUGUGACGUUAUUGGUGAUCUGCCUGCAGGCAUUUCAAACAGGGAUAAUGUCGGUGGACUUUUUUUUUUUUUUAGUAGGGCAAGGUAACGAGUCUCCACCUCAUCCGUCGUCGAUGUGACUUAAAUGUUUUUAAAUCCAAAGUUGCAUGGCGAGGGUGGAAAAAUGAAUCACAAGACGGUGAUUUACAGAUGUUAAGUGAAUCUAAUCAUUUAUUGUGCAAGUUGGACGUAACCAGUGGAGCGUGCUUCUGUGUCUCUGAGGUAGCCGCAGGUGAGCCACUUUAAAAAUGAGACUUCCUCGUUCCGUCUUUAUCUAUCAGUCCCCGGGAGUGCCUCUCCAUCGCCGUCAGCUCAUUAAUUAACCUUUGCUGCAGCUGCCAUCCAUCAGCGUUUCACCCUGACGCUGGGAGAUGAGCCACAGUGAAGCUGGCGGGCCGCAAACAAUCGAGAAACGACGUCUGCGGGUCAUCUCGUGCCGUGUUCGGAUGCAGCAGCAAUCGCCAUCGGUAAUAAUAAUCAACCUGGAAUAUAAGCGACGUGAAGCGAGGGCUGGUGCUGUGCUGUUGAAUGUUAAAGCAAAAGCACUGAUUUGUGACCAUCUUCCGGGAACGCCUCCCGACCAAAUAAAUUAGCAUUAAAAAAACAAAACAACGUGAGGUUCAGCCGCUAGGGUUGCUCUGCUUUUAUGUGCUCCGGCUGCCAGUUGAGAGUACAACAUGCGAGGUUGUGUGUUGUUCCGAGGGCGUAAGAUUAAAUCCAGCUGGCCUGGGCUGGCAGGCGAGCAGGGGAGCGGCCCGCUUUCCCGCAAUGACACAAACCUUCAUUACGGCCCGCCAGAUACCAGAACCCUAAAUCUUACAACUGGUGCCCAAAAGGCCGCUGCAGCCAGCCGAGACCGUGUCCUACAUUAAAAAAAAUUUAAAAAAAAACAUGACAAACGUUUCUGUGUUUCAGCAAUUUCAAGCAUUGAUGGCUAAUUAGUGGAACUUGUGUUUGGAGGAGGAGGAACUGCUGCUUUAAAUGUGGAAGAUGACAACACAACGGCUUCCAGACAAAAAAUCCAUGCAGGAACGCUCCUCCCGCCUGUGCACACUGGCUCCUCACGAACACCAAAAAACUGCCAAUUUAUGAAGUCAACUCACCUCCAUCUGUUUACAGAAGUCAACUUUCAAGUGUAUCGUCACAGUCAAAAGUUUUUAAAAUAUGUAUUUAAAAACAAUGAAAAGGAAAUAUUUGCUUUUCAUUUGGGCAGUGAUGCUGUAAAAGUAAAAUGUGCACCACACUUGUCAUGGGACAUUGCUAUAGAAACAUACUGAAACAUACUGAAACAGCUUGCAUAGCAGGAUAGAUUUGCCAUCCACUGCAGAUUCUGUUUACACGUGAUCAAUCUACUUCUCAUAUACGCCCUCAAAUAUGCCAAUAUGUGAAUAUGCUAGCCUACGAUUGCCAUCAAACAACUCCAAAAGUAUGACAGAUGUGCUUUUUCUUAUCAGUGUAAGCCGAGUAUCCCACGUUUCAGACAAAGUUAUCAUACAAGUCACUUCAUUAAGCAUCUUUUUUGGCGCGUUUAGGUGGCCUUUUUAAAAAUGUAUUGAUGCUCAUGUAGCUAGAAAAUGGUGCUAAAUGUCAUGCUUAACGUUUUCUUUUUAACAAUAUCAUAAGACAGGGAUAUCGAACUCUUAUUUCGCUGAGUGUGGUUGGUAUUGGGAGUGACGCUGGCCUCCAGCAUGCUUUGCGGUACUUGUUUAGUAAAA